GAAGCAAAUGGUUUCAUUUUCACGAACCGAAACUAUUACUGGAAACGUCGACGUUCUGAGUAAUUUUUUUAAACUGUUUUUGGCUAAUGAGGUUUCAAAUUAUUCCAUCUCGGUCUUUGAUGGUCUCGUUCUAGGGCUCUGAUUUACUGAACUGAGCACAGACCUCUUUUGUAUCCUCUAUGGCAAUCAGAGGCGUCUAUUUUAAGUGGUACGAUGGAGUUUUCUUGUCGAUGCUCGCGACAAGUGUAAUCAUUGUUGCAAUCAAUUGGAAGGGUUACCAUCUUUGUACAUACCCAUUGCACAUAUGGAUCAUGGUUGAUUACACUACUGUGUUUUUUUUUCGCCUGUUGAUGUUUGUAGAUAAUGGACUAGCUGCCGGAAUGGGAUUGGAUUUUGGGUGGCAGCAGAGAUAUGCUCGUUUCUGUGGAAGAGUAGUGGUUCUUUCAAUUCUAUCUCUGAUGCUUUAUCCAUUUCUCUGGGCCUGGACUAUAGUCGGUACCUUGUGGUUCACACAUGCAAGAAAUUGUUUGCCAGAAACAGGACAGAAAUGGGGUUUCCUUAUUUGGUUGGUUUUCAGCUACUGUGGACUUCUUUGCAUUGCUCGCAUGUCUAUGGGAAAGUGGUUGACACGAAGACAAGCCCACCUAGUGCGUGCUCAUCAGGGAAUUCCUGUUUCAGAAUAUGGGGUUUUGGUUGACAUGAUCCGAGUACCAGAUUGGGCAUUUGAGGCUGCAGGUCAAGAGAUGAGAGGAAUUGGGCAAGAUGCAGCAGCAUACCAUCCUGGACUUUAUUUGACUGCAGCUCAGAGAGAAGCAGUGGAGGCACUCAUUCAGGAACUUCCAAAAUUUAGGUUAAAGGCUGUUCCAAUUGAUUGUAGUGAGUGUCCCAUCUGCUUGGAAGAGUUUCAUGUGGGAAAUGAGGUUCGUGGCUUGCCUUGUGCUCAUAAUUUUCAUAUAGAGUGCAUUGAUGAGUGGCUUAGAUUGAAUGUGAAGUGUCCUAGGUGCCGUUGCUCAGUCUUCCCAAACCUUGACCUUAGUGCCUUGUCCAAUCUCCGCACUACUGAUUCUGAACGGUCAUCAGCCAGUGUUGUGAUAGCUAGUCAAUCUAUAAGAACCCAGCCUUCUAGCCAGAGCUAUCUGGUGACGCUGCAGGGUCUACUCUGCCCAGUCCAUACAGAAAAUGCAGGAUCGCCCAGUGAUGCGGCAGAUAUUGCUUUUGAAACUAUGAGAAUAGGGUAAUGUCUCAAGCAACUCAAAAUCAGACAGGCAUGGAGCCAUUUGCUUCUGUUGAACGCGUGUUUGUUGGUCAAGGCACCCCACUCAGACAUUGAACUAUUUCUCAGAUUCUCGCUGACAAUUUUUGCUGCAUAGUCUUCUAACCGCAAGCUGCAAGAAGUGAAACAACAUUGUCCAUGGCCAUUGUGUAAUGCUAGGAGUGGUCAAUGGUUGUAGGAAAGAUUUAUGAGUUUACCCAUUGGAGUAUGGUUUAUGACACCUUCUGUUCUUUUGAUAAACCAAUGGAAACUAGAUUUUCAGCUGAAUGGAUGAAGCCCCAGCCUGGACACCAAUCCGGACAGCGGCAAAAUCCAUUUGAAUUCUGGGCUAAUGUUUACAAUUCAUUCAUGUGAGCAAUGUAUCUAGUUAAUUACUUAGAAAA